UCCCAGCGGUGAUGGUGUUUUAUCAGCAAUUGCUUUGAUGGAGUCGGCGUUCAAAAGUGGGAGUCAUUUAUCCUUUUGGGAAAAUGCUAUCUAUUCUUGUGUUCCAGUGAAGUUGGACAAGUAUGCUAAAGAAGGUAGCAGAACUGACAUUGAGAACCCACUACCAAAACAUAAUUUGGCUCAAACUUUUGUGCGAAGUUUCUACAUUCCAGUGAGCCAAAGAUUCCAAGCCAUGCUUUACAAAGUCUUGGCGUUCUUAGUCCCUCACAUUAAACACAUCGGGGAGAAAAAACAAGCGCAUUAUCAGGCAGCUCGGCUCGUGAAAUUGUCGUGCCAGCAAAUUUCAACUCUAAAUGACUACAAGACUUACGAAUCAAUUGUGAUAGGUUCAUUGCUUCUCGCAGCAAAAUUAGGAGUUAAAGAGGUGGUGGAAGAAAUGUUGGAUUCGUUUCCGAAUGCAGUUUGGUUUUCCGAUGAUGAAUCUCAUUCUGUAUUCCAAUUGGCAAUUUUACAUCGUCAGGAAAAAGUUUUCAACAUCAUAUAUCAGAUGGAUCAAUGUAAACAUGUCCUGUUCCACGAAGUUGACAAUGAAAACAACAAUAUGCUGCACUUGGCGGCGAGACUGGCACCUCCAAGCAAACUAAAUCGUAUUCCUGGCGCAGCACUUCAAAUGCAACGUGAGUUGCAAUGGUAUAAGGAAAUCGAGAAAUUUGUGCCACCCAAAUAUAGACUGCAGAGAAACAGGGAUGGAAAAAUUCCCGCAAUACUAUUUACUACAGAACACAAGGACCUAGUACGUGAAGGGGAGAAAUGGAUGAAAAAUGCAGCAAAUUCAUGCACAAUUGUGGCAUCCCUGAUUGCCACUAUAGCGUUUGCAGCUGCAAUCACUUGUCCUGGCGGCAAUGAGGAUAGUACUGGCCUCCCGAUUUUCUCUAAAGAAGGUGCAUUCACCAUCUUUUCCAUUUCAAAUGCAUUAUCUUUAUUCACUUCCGCCUCUUCUCUAUUGAUGUUCUUGUCCAUCUUGACUUCACGAUAUCAAGAAGACGAUUUUCUUUAUGUUCUUCCCAAGAGACUGAUAAUUGGUCUUGUCACCUUGUUUCUCUCCAUAACAACCAUGAUGGUAGCCUUCACUGCUACUCUCUAUCUUGUGGUGGGCAAAUACGAGGAAAGGAUACUAAUUCCUGCAACAGUAGUAGCUAGUGUUCCAAUCUAUAUUUUCACGUCCUUGCAGUUCCCCCUCCUCUUGGAUCUAAUCUAUUCCACAUAUGGUACCAUUUUUGGCAAAUAGUCCUAGUAUU